CACUCUAUUCACACAUCACAUUGUGUCUUGACGAUACUUACUUGCCUUUGAUAUUACUUGUUAACGGCUUGCUUGCUGCAAGCACUUGGCAGCAGCCAUGGCUACAGCAACAAUUGAACUGCCGUUCAUAUCGGCCCAUUACUCCAUCGCCGAGUCGACUUUGACAACUCUCACCCAAGCGCCCACUGUCGAAUUAGUCAACCAGCUCUUAGAGGCCAUCUCUAAGAAAGCACGCGAACACGAUGAGCUCAAGGCAGAUAAAACUCGCUUGGAAGUAGAACUUGACAAUGCGGUCCGCAGCAGCGAAAGCAAGGUCAAAGUAUUGAAGAACUCUAUCGAGAAGGGCCACGCUGAGGUUGAGGAAACAAGGAAGAAGCUCCAUGAGUCAGAAAACGCUCGUUCGUCCUUGGAAUCCGAGAUUGCAUCACUCAAGUCGUCCUCCACGACCAACGAGUCCGAAGUGAGCACAUUGAAAUCCCGCAUCGCAUCCCUGGAAGCAUCGAACCGUGAUACCAUGGCUUUGCUUGAAUCGAAGUCGACAGCAUACGACAAGCUCGCCGAGGAGCUAUCCGCGCAACACAAGAAGGCUGUCGAAUUGAGACGGGAACUAUCUACCGCCGAACAGAACCUUCAGGCUGCCAACUCUGCAUCUGCCAGUGCCAAGUUCCGUGAACAGAGCCUUCAGCAGGACUUGGACCUGACUAAGAAGAGCAAUGAAUGGUUGGACACGGAGCUGAAGACGAAGUCUGCCGAAUACUUGAAGUUCCGCAAGGAGAAGAGCGCCCGAAUCUCGGAGCUUCAGCGGGAGAACGAGGAGGCUAGCGCUACUGUUGAUUCCUUAAGACGCAGUGAAAAUGCUUUGAAGAGUCGCUUGGACGAGGUCGAACAGCGUUAUGAGGAGUCCCUUUCGAGCAUCCAGCAACUGAAGGAGGAGGCGAUACAAGCGAAUGAGUCGUUCAGGAUUGAAUUGGAUAGCACGAACAGGUUGGCGGAACUGCAACGUAAUUCAUCCGAGACCUCGAAGCAGCGCGUGCAGGAGCUUCAAGUGGCUCUGGAAAAGGCCAAGGACGAUGCCGCCGAAGAGAUCUCCAGACUUCGUGUUGAGAUUGAGACUGAGCAUGCCGACAAGGAAGCUGCUGAACGUCGGAUUGCGGAGCUUGAGCAGACUGUCAGCCAACUCGAGUCGGAUGGUCGGGCUGGAAGGUCCAUGAGCCCGGCUCUCAACGGAGGAAUGCCCACCACGCCCAUUCGCUCAGGUACACCUGUCGGAACCUUCUCUCCGAGAGCUUCGAGGACCAAGGGCGGACUUACAAUCACACAACUGUACACUGAAUACGACAAGAUGCGGACGUUGCUGGCUACAGAGCAGAGAUCUAACCAAGAACUCCGGUCGACGCUAGAUGAAAUGGUUCAAGAUCUGGAGGCCAGUAAGCCCGAAAUCGAUGAGCUGCGGGCCGACCAUGCCAGGCUGGAGAACGCUGUGGUGGAGAUGUCUAACAUCCUCGAAGUUGCUGGAAAGGAGAGAGACGACGCGACAAAGGAGGCGCGCAAAUGGCAAGGACAGGUGGAGGGGCUGGCCCGUGAGGGUGACAUUCUACGACAGCAGCUUAGAGACCUGAGUUCGCAGGUGAAGCUCCUAGUGAUGGAGAACGCCCUUCUCAAGGAGGGCGAGGAGAGUUACGACAGGGAAGAGCUCGAGAAGAUUGCUCGUAAGGAGAUUGAUGACGCGUCCGAAGAUCUCAACCCAACCGGCCGCUUUAUCAGUCGCAACCUCAUGACGUUCAAGGAUCUUCAUGAGCUACAGGAACAGAACGUCACGCUUCGCCGUAUGCUGAGAGAACUGGGCGAUAAGAUGGAGGGCGCAGAGGCCCGCGAGCAGGAUGUUAUCCGUCAACAAGAGCAAGAGGAGUUGAAGGAGCUAAGGAUUCGUGUGCAGACUUACCGCGACGAAAUCUCCAACCUUGUUGCUCAGACGAAGAGCUAUGUGAAGGAGAGAGACACUUUCCGGAGCAUGCUAACUCGUCGCCGCCAAACUGUCGGCGAUGCUUCCGUCUUCUCUCAGUCUCUGCCGCUGGGAGCAGCUCCUGUUGCAUCGGACGAGCAGAACAAGGACGUCCCCGACUAUGCGGAAUUGCUACGUAAGGUGCAAGCUCACUUCGACAACUUCCGGGAAGAAUCCGCCACCGACCACGCCGCUCUGAAACAACAGGUCAAUGAGCUUUCGCGCAAGAAUAGUGAAUUGAUGAGCGAAAUCAGCCGUUCCAGCAGUCAGCUGGGUGCUGCUACGCAAAGAGCGGAGCUUCUCCAGAGCAAUUUCAAUAUGCUAAAGAGUGAAAAUGCCGAGUUGCAGAAACGAUACGCUACUUUGCUGGAGAAUGCCAACAGACAAGAUCUUAGAACCCAACAAGCUGCCGAAGACCUUGUCGAAACCAAGGGACUGGUGGAAAGCCUUCAGCGUGAAAACGCGAACCUCAAGGCAGAGAAGGACCUUUGGAAGAGUAUCGAGAAGCGUCUGAUCGAGGACAAUGAAACUUUGAGAAACGAGAGGAGUCGCCUGGAUUCAUUGAACGCAAACCUGCAGACCAUUCUGAACGAGCGCGAGCAUACAGACUCUGAAAGCCGCCGCAGGCUACAGCAAAGCGUCGAGUCGUUGGAGUCAGAACUGCAGUCUACCAAGCGUAAACUGAAUGAUGAGGUUGAGGAGUCGAAGAAGGCCACUUUGCGCAGAGAGUACGAGCAUGAGCAGAGUCAGAAGCGGAUUGAUGACUUGGUGACAAGCUUGGGCUCGGUUCGCGAGGAGUUGAUCGCCACCAAGACAACCAGAGAUCACUUGCAGGCUAGAGUGGAUGAGCUGACUCGCCCGAGACCGAGGAAGGCCAGGAGUCUGGCUUGACUCGCGAGCAAGAACUUAGCAUCGAGGUGUCCGAGCUCAAGCGUGACUUAGACUUGGCUAAGAACGAGCUUCAACAUGCUGAAGAGCGGGUUGAAGACUACAAGGCAAUCAGCCAGCAGAGCGAGGAACGCUUGCAAUCUGUCACGGAGACACAGGAAGAAUAUCGGGAGGAAACGGAGCGUCUUAUUCAAGAGAAGGACAACAAGAUUCAGGAUCUCGAAAAGCGUAUUGAGGAGAUCUCCUCCGAAUUGUCCACCACGAACAACGAGCUCACUAAGUUACGUGAUGAGCAAGGAGAGGCUGGCCGCCGUUUAGAAGAGCAAAAGGCUGUUUUGGAAUCCGAAAUUGCCAGGUUGAAGGAUGAGAAUGAAC